AAACGGUUGCUUUUUUUCAAUUCAUAUUGUAAUAGAUUUGUUUAGUAUGCAUCCUACAUGGAAAGGCGUUUUAUUCCAACUGAAGCGAUCAUGUAAUCAACAGACGAAAUGUCUCACGAAUAGUUCAUUUUUGAUAUUCUCUCUCUCUCUCUCUCUUCCUCUUUCUCCCUCAUACACACACACUCUUUCUCGCUCUGCAAUCCCUUUGCCGUUGUAGCACGAGUUGUCUCAUUCCAAAAAGCAGUACAUCGUCCUAUCGGGUGUUAAAAUAUACCCGAAAGUUGUACUCAUGCGCCAUUAACCCUAGCGGUGUAGCACGAGACCAAACGAGCCUCCACAUCGGGACUUUAGCUUUCAGUCGCGACAGGACGGCCAAAUGGUUCUAGUUCAAAAAGAACCGCGGUAAAUCGAUAGUCAAUCGUGUGCUAAACCGUGCUGCUAUACUUGUACAACAUGGUAAGCAGAACCAAGUCUGGAAAAUACAGCGUGCACGGAUGAAACGGAGUUUGAGGCAGCCGUGCUUAAAGGCGCCAGCAGUACCGUCAUGCGCCUUAUUAGAUUGCAGGGGUAAAAAAUCAUUCGCUCUGCCAUACAGACUUGUUUUAGUGGCAAGCUAACGAUAUAAUUGUUCCUAGUAUCUUCAUUUCACUAACCCCAGGAACGGUUGCAAUUUAUCGAACUGAAAUUAUCAAGCACCCCGAGCCAGAUAUCAUACUGAACCCAAAACUACAGGAGCUGCGGAUGAAAUAAUGGCGGAUUAACCAGCACUAGUAGUGAUAAUCAAUCAUGCAAGAGAAAAUGAAAGUUCGCAUAAGAUUGAAAGCAAAGUUGGUAUGCAAUACAAUCGUUCGGGAAUAAUUUCGUUUUUCGUGGUUUACUGUUGAUUCGAUUGUACCCAUGUGAAAAAGUGCCUAUAGAAUCGCCCGUUGUGUUGUGUCAUAAUAUGACUGCAUAGAGUAUCCGCUCUUCUCCAUCGCCAAGUACAAGUGAGACACGGUUUGUCCACCCGUAUUGUGAAAAUACCUUCAUGGUAAGCCCAGCAUGUGUAUGUACCGUUUUUUUUCUAAUUCGUUAAAUGUGCAAAGGUGUAACUUCCUGCAAUCGAAUGCAGGCACGCAGUUAAACGCUCGUGUAAGUUGGUCAAUGUUCCAUUUCUAAUCAUGGAUGAAAAUUGAUGAUAUUUAAGUUUUCGAGAGCAUGACAGCGCGCUGACCAACGCAGCCAAGUGAUUAGCUAAGCAGCCACAGCAGUGGUGGGCUCCCCAGUGUCAUUCGCCGUUCCUUUUUUGCAGACUACACACAUGCUGCUGCAGCUAUCUCUCCGGAAGCUAUCGGAAUUUGAUGAAUGGAUCAAUAUAUGGUGGUGAACCCCAUUGCAUCACACCGUCACUAUCACUCGUACCGUUUGUCCUCCAUCCGCACCCCAAUAAUGGGGCGAAACGAUGUGCUAUACCCGUUAAUAAUAUCGGUACGACAGCGACAGGAUCUGGGAAGUGAUUUUUGCUAGAAGUGCAGAUAAAUCACGAGCUAAAAGUGCUACGGUGUGCGGCAGAAAGUGUGUGUGUGUGCGGUGAAAUUAUUUUUUACUAUAGUACGGAAAGAAAAAGUUUGCAAGUUCUUGCUGAACCGCCCGUAGUUCCUAGACCGUUUUCCUCCUACCUAGCUCCAAAUCCACUCUUCCUGCCGUGGUAGCUUUCGCUUCCUGUUUCCAUUUCUGUAUCCUUCCUUACUGCUAAACUAGAACGCCAAAGGUGUAUUUGUUGAACGCGAUGAAUGUAGCAUCCGCGUCUCCAUCGUCUCGUAAACAGAAACGCCUUGGUCCUGCACCAAUUGCCUCAAUGGAAGACACUACGGCAGAAGAGAAAGCACAGAUGGAGCAGCAAAAUCAUCACAAUCUGCAACGGUGGUCACAAGAAAAAUCCUCAAUCGAUUCAACCCGUGGUUCACCGACCAAAACCAUUGAGUGCCCAUCGGCACUGAUACCGGCAACUCCGCGUAUUGACAUUAGCCGAGCCUCUUCGCACUCAUCCCAUCACGACAGCAGAGACAGUAGUCCCGAAAAUGUCUUCGAGCAGGUCGGUACGGGCACAUUGCAAGACUCAGGAGUACUCGGUUUUCGUGAGGAAGAUACACUAGACUUGCGGAACUCUACCGAGGAGCUACAGUUUAUGGAACCAGAAAAAGGAAAUCGCGAGAAGGAGAAACCCAAUACACAAAUUAACUAUGGAUCUUGCCCAACCCAACGUUACUCGCCAAUCGUUUGGAAGUUGGAAGAACAGCCCAAUCAGCACCAAUACCAGUUUCAACAGCAACAACAACAUAAUCGCAAAGAUUCGGCCAGUUCCGAGGUUGUGGCUUUCCUUUCGAUCUCUGGACGAACUAGCCGCCUGUCAAGUGUGGGCAGCCAGGGAUCAGCUACCAGCAAACUAUCGGCUACAUCAGCUGUGUCUGGUAUUUCUCGUUCUCCUUCGCCUCACAAGAUGCUGUUGGAAACAUCAUUUUGUGGUGCGAAGCCUAUGCAAGCGUAUGCCGAAGGUGGUAUUGUUGGAAGCACCCUUGAACCGUCUACAGAAAAAAUGCUGGAACAAGUAAUACUGUCUCGCAAGAAAGAUCCAACUGAAGCUGUCUUAGCGGAGGGUAUACACGUGCAAUCCUCCAAAGAGAUGACCGGCUCCACGUUAGAUGAUAGUUUUCGUCGUGGAGUACUAGAAGGCAAUCCGCAGCAACCGCCUCCCGGUGGAGGAGACGCUCAAGCAAUCCAGCAUGGUUCUGCGGGGGGCCAUACACGGCGCAAAUCGGACUGUGGAACGGGUACCGCGAAUAAUCUCGAUAUACAAAAUCUGAAAACUAACCAAACUAGCCGCAGCGUUGGCAACAAACGACACAUUCCGCCACGAGAUUUGAAAAACUCGAUAGUUGGUGUCAUGCCCAGUGGUACCGAGUACAUACGGAUUAAGCUCAAACCGGACCAUUGCUACAGCGAUAAUGGCAUCGCGGACAACGAACGUGUCGUCGAAAAGCCGAAGGAUGGCGUCCAGGAACUGUCCGUGCCAUCAGCAAACGACCGUACACGGGCGUCCAGUAUUACCCGAUCACCAUCACCAGCAAACGUGAGUGUUUCCCGAAAGAAUUCGUUUUGUUCGCUUUUUAAAUUUAAAGAUGGUGUUUCCACUGACAAACCUAAUAACCUCCAACAGCAGCACCUACCGCGGAAAAAACGUACUUCAACGGCAUCGAACGAAUCGGGCACGCUUGGCGGUCGGUAUGAUCAGCAGGGAGAUCAUCCUAGCGCAUCGAAUAACUCGACACCGUCGAAGCAGAAGCUUGUGCUGAAAAUGUUCAAAUCGAAACGGGACCCAAAGUCAAAAUCUCCUUCUCCGAUGGGUUCGGCAGCCGAUGGGAUCGGUCAAUCGUUCUACAGUGCUGGUAGCAAUGAACAACAUACGACAAGUAACAUCGGUGCAGCACGAUCGCCUGGCUCUACAGGUUUGCGCUACUAUGACGCUCCGCUCGAUGGUCAGAGCAUACACAUUCCCUUGCACACGCCACCGGAAGAACGUCGUUUGGGUUCGUUUCGUAGUGCAGCCGGUGUGACAACUUCUUCAUUUGUAGAUACAACGGCAUCCGGUGGAGGUGGUGGUGGAUUUGGAGCACAAGUGUCCGUAUCUGCAUCUGGCACACCAACAGGACAUAGUAGCAGUAUCAUGCAAAAACACGCCAAAACACCCAAGCAGCAACGCAUUGCCAAUAUGACGGUUACAAUACACGAUCGACCUAAACCGAUGCCACCGCUCAAAUGCUAUAGGAUCGACAAUCCUGACGGUAGUAUUAUCAUACCACUAAAAUCACCGAUCGAAGAUAAGGAGAACAGUUCUCAAAACUGGGAGAACGUUAUUGGGGAACUGUCGCAGCGGAUUGAAAAGCACGUUAGUGAGGAUCACGAAGAUAGUGAGAAAAGGCCCAAUACUGCACCUGCCGGUAAGCAGGGCCCAUCAGUGUCAAUAACACGCAAUGAAAUUGAGCCAGCAAAACGCCGGUCGGAACAAAAGCAAAACGAUUACGCAACACCACCCCCUCCGCCGCCGCCACCCCCGCCGGCAUCACGAGCGAAAGCACCAAAAUCUUCUGUACCUGGUCCAACGGAAAUUAAGGCUUCGGUUGAUGUAGAUGUUCAUAAAUUACAACACGUUCAACAUGCCACAACGUCGACGAUAAGUACUUCUAUGCGCCAAAAGCAAGCGGCCUUGUUCCAGAUGCGCAUGGGUUCUGGUAGUGAGGAGCAAAUAUUUAGCACCACGCUUAAGGAUUAUACGAAGGAGAUGAACCGGAAUAGCUCAACCGUAAGCCAAAGCUCGGAAGGCUCGCUACAGAAAGCGUCGUUUGAGCAUGAGGAUGGUGGUGACUGCAACAACGUGGUGGUCGACGGCGGUGCUUUUAGUGGUGGUGGCGCGCAAACAAGGAAACAGUUGGCCGGUAAUUGUAGUGAGCAUCCGAACGACCUUGUGACAGCCGAUAGUGUAACAUCAUCAUCUUCACCUCAACAGGUCAUGCAGGCGAAAGGGGCAAUGCUGAUGAAGGAACUUCAUGAACACCACAAAAAACACCAGUUGAGGCAACAGCAACAACAGCAGCAACAACAACAACAAAAACGAGAGCAGUUACGGGACAGCUAUGGUGCAGAUAGUAGCACAGAAGCAAUAACUGACGAGGCUGCAGCAGCAACAGCAGCAGCAGUAGUCUCACGUAGUAGUAGCCCUGCCGAAUGUAUUAGUAGUGAUGCAAAGCACCUCCAGCACGACCACCACCAACACCAACAUCAACAUCAUCAACACCAGCAUCAUAAUCAUACUUAUCGUCAAAAAUACCAUAAUCAUGAUCACAUGUCAUCGACCGAACGACCAGGUUCAAGUGCCACCGUCGACGACGGUAUGGCAUCGUCGGAGAGUGAAAAAGAUUCGGAAUUCGAUUCCGCAUCAAUACGGGCCGGUCGGCAUGCUCUUCGCCCGAAUAUGCUCGCGAUCGAAGAUCACGAAAGUGCUGGUCUAGUAUUUCAGGAAUCAUUUGACGACGAACUGCCAUACAUUCCGACUACGUUGCCGGAGGAGAAACCGGUAGGCAUCAAGCUAGUGCCGGCGAAGGAACGCACGCAGAGCGAUUUGAAAACGUAUCCACUAGAGCGGCCCCGCUCAACCACUCCCAUCCAUCCCGGUUCAUUAGAUAAGUAUUGCCAUGACCGGUCGACCGCUGCUGGGGCGCGUGGUGGAAUGGCAACGCGAGUGGGUGGCGGUAACGAUAAAACAACGUCCCUGCGUGAUUCCACAGCAAAUGGCACGAGUGUGGCGAAGCUGCGCAUUAGCUUACCGGUCAAGAAGCCCAGUGAGAAUGCCGGUUCUGGAGCUGGUUCGCGAGUAUUCGAGCAUCGAUCAUCGUUAGGUGCUAUCACAAUGACCACAACAACAGCGGGAGGAAAUAUGGGAGGGACUGGUGCGCCAAGCAUCGGAACUACGGGUAGACAGUAUCGAUCGACCUCGACCACACCAGCGAUGAUGUCCUCGAUGGUAAUCAAUAACCGGGGAAUUGUGUCGGAAGACUCACCAACGCCGCCACCACUGCCACCGCGUAAAGCGUCUACAUCAUCAUCGUCGGCGAAUACGGCCACUCCGCCCGGUCACAAAUGGAUCGACGUUGAAGCAAUACCAGAAAUGCGAAAAGCACCGAAACGUAUCACAGCAAUACCACAGAAACAACAGCAACAACUGUCGCAGACACGAAUUUCCACCAGUGAUAGCACCGAUCGCUAUACGAUCGAUCGUAAAGAAAUGGGCACUGAUGGUCAGGUGUACAAUUACGUCAAUCCGGAAGAUUGUCAGUGCGAAUGUCACGAGCAUGAACGGACGGCUGGCCAUUCGAGCACAAGUGCCGGUGCACAUGAAGAAAUGAUGGUCUCCUCGAUCGAAUUGGCAGAUGAUUGCAGACCGCUGCUGCGUUCAUCUUCGUCUUCGCUGACGGCGGCCCCAACGAUGGACGAAUGCCCGGCUAACGAGAAACCAUUGGACAGGGCAAUUCCGGAAGAUGACGGAUGCGGCACAAAGUAACGUGCUGAAAACCGAUGAAGAUCCCUUAAAAGAUGUGGAUAAGAAAUGUGGUGGAAAUAUGGUGACAAAAGCUAAGUGAACCGUACGUCUACUGAAGCCGUAUGAUUGUACAGCAUAGAAAGUGCAUGCAAGCAAGCUAAUAGUUAAUAGAUCGAAACACAUAAAACCGCCACAAAACAAACAUGCAUUUCACAUUCGUUUCAUAUUCGUAUUGCAAUACGCUACGCUGCUCGGACCAUAGAUAAAAAAAAACACCUUACAAACAAUUUAAUGAUAUAUUAGGAAUCGCAUACACAACAUACAAUAAAUCACAAUUGGAAGCAACCAAAAGAGAAACAUAGUACUACUACUAUUACUACUACAGUGCAUUCCAUUGUAAGCUCACGGUCACGUAAUUAAAAAGAGCAAAAUCCAUAACGAUUACACACAUGGUGUAUCUGAACCCUACUCCUCAGAUAUCCGUUUAUCCUCGUGCACCUCAGAUAAUACGAACAACUGACAAGAAAGACGAACAGUAACAGCAACGAUUAGGUAUGUUCGUCUCGUCUGCAGUCCGGGCACUAUACGGUGUUACGUACUAUGUGGGAAAUAGUUGGUAGUAAAAAUAGUGUUACCAAGCUAACCAAUUGACCAACGAACCUACGCUCCAGUGUUAGUUCCUCUAAUGCAUUUGAUCGGCGUUAGAAUUCCAAGAUCUGAACAGCUUUGAUGCAAGUAAGCCGAAAUGCACGAAAGCUUCAACAACAGUAAACGGAAAAGAAACCUAAUUAAUAGUCUAAUGAUCUUCAAAUUAUCGUGUUCGCUCGAAGUCCCAAGUCCCAACAACAACACGUUCAACUAUUUUUAACCUUCAUCGAUCAAUUUUUGGCGCAGACGCUCGCUCUAUAUACACUUGUGUUGUAUUUGUAUCGUUGCAAAGAUAUAUAACGUUAAAUAAAUUAAUAAAGAAAUCAUUUAAACAUCA